AUGAAAAUCCUCAUCUGCGGCGGCGGCUGCGCCGGCCCCGCCCUCGCCUUCUGGCUCGCCCGAACCAACCACCAAGUCGUGGUAGUAGAACGCUUCCCCCAGCUACGUGACAAAGGAGCGCAGAUCGAUCUCCGUGAGCAAGGCAUUGAAGUAGUCCGACGAAUGGGUCUGCUCGACACCAUCCGCCAGCACUGCGUCCACGAAGACGGCUUCACGCUCGUUGACGGCAACGACCACGUCACAGCACUGAUUCGACCAAACACAUCUGGACAUGGAUCGCAAUCUUUAUCAUCCGAGUUUGAGAUCAUGCGGGGCGACCUAGUCCGGAUAUUAUACGACGCUACCAAGAACAGCGUGGAGUAUCGGUUCAACACGACCGUGGAGCGCUUCGAGCAAGAUGAUGAGAAAGUAACGGCGCACUUCUCGGAUGGGACGUCCGAGAUGUUCGAUCUGCUGGUCGGUGCAGACGGGCAGGGCUCGCGAAUAAGACGGGGGAUCCUGCCAUCAAAUGCAGCUGAUCCGUAUCUCCAUCUCGGUAUCCACGCAGCAUACUGGUUCGUUCCGCGAGAGAAAGGCGAUACCAAUACCUUCACGACCUAUGUGUCUCCAGGUGGACGGGCGAUAUUUCGCCGGAGUCACAGUCCCACAACAUCGCAGGUAUAUUUCAUGUUGAAAGAUGACGAUCCAUCGCUUGCGUCUAUUCACCGCGCGUCAGUGGACGCGCAGAAGGAGUUCUGGAUACGGCGGUACCGCGGGGCGGGGUGGCAGACAGAGCGGUUUAUUGAGGGGAUGAAGACGACGGAUAAUUUCUACUCGCAGGAGAUAGUGCAGGUGAAGACGGAGACGUGGUAUAAGGGACGGGUGGUGUUGUUGGGGGAUGCGGCUGCGUGUCCGGCUGUGGUGACGGGCAUGGGGACGACGGGAUGUCUUGUUGGGGCGUAUGUGUUGGCUGGGGAGAUAAACAGACAUGCGGGGGAUGUGGGAGCGGCGUUGAGGAGUUAUGAUGCUACGUUGAGGCCGUUUGUGAAGGAGAUUCAGAAGUUGAAUACGUCGAUGGUGAGGAUGUUCUUCCCGACUUCGUGGUGGGGCAUCUGGUUGCUGCAUUGGUUUGCGGCUGUGAUGUGUUUCUUGAGGAUUCCGGAGCUGUUAGAUAGGAUGGGGAGUGAGGAGGUGGGUGGGUGGAAGUUGCCUGAGUAUGAGGAGUUGAAGGCCAAGAACUAA